AUGCAGCGGGCAUUGAUUCUCUUUGCAGUCGUGGUUGCCGCCACCGCCUUCGACUUUCCCGAGUGCUGGAAGGCCUGGAAGAAGGAGCAUGGAAAGAUCUACCUUGACGAUAUAACCGAGCUCCGCCGUCACGCCAUCUGGCAGGCCAACAAGAAGUAUGUGGACGAGCACAACGAGCACCUAGCUCCCCUUCUCGGCUUCACCCUGGGGAUGAACGAGUAUGCCGACAUGGACGGAGCAGAAUUCGCAAAGGUUUUCAACGGCUACAAGUCCGGACGUCGCUCCAACAACGUCAAGAUCUUCCAUGCCACCGGUGUCUCCCUCCCCGACAGUGUGGACUGGCGCACAAAGGGCUAUGUGACAGGGAUCAAGAACCAGGGGCAGUGCGGCUCAUGCUGGGCCUUCAGUGCCACCGGCUCCCUGGAGGGACAGCACUUCAAUGCCACGGGGAACCUGGUCUCCCUGAGUGAGCAGAACCUCGUGGACUGCUCCGGAACAGAGGGCAACGAGGGAUGCAACGGAGGACUCAUGGACGAUGCCUUCGAGUACGUCAUCAAAAACAACGGAAUUGACACCGAGAGCAGCUACCCCUACGUGGCUCGGGACGAAAAAUGCCGCUUCAACACCGCUAACGUUGGUGCGACAGAAAAGAGCUACACAGAUGUGGCUCAUGAGGAUGAGAACGCCCUCGCCCAGGCUGUUGCCACUGUCGGUCCAAUCUCUGUUGCCAUCGACGCCUCCCACAACAGCUUUCAGCUGUACAGCAGUGGAGUCUACUACGAGCCAUCCUGCUCCCAGACUGAGCUGGACCACGGAGUCCUGGCUGUCGGCUACGGAAGCGACAACGGACAGGAUUUUUGGAUCGUGAAGAACAGCUGGGGCGAAAGCUGGGGGAUGAAAGGCUACAUCGAAAUGAGCAGGAACCGCAACAACAACUGCGGCAUUGCCACUGAAGCAUCCUACCCUAUAGUAUAG